AUGAUUCGGUGGACUUUGGUGGCAAAUGCGUUGAUUUUGUUUCUUCCGCUUCUUCUUUAUUUCCAAAACCCCAAAAUCCAAUUAAAUCAAAUCCAACAUUUCAAGAUAGAUGAUCUCGCCAACAUCAACGAAACGCUAGAUCCCGAUUUUCGAAAAGACGAAGAAAUCACGUUCAUAGUAGAAAAACCAAUUGAUGGCAAAACACGUGAGAAUGCAACGUUUCUCGUCUUGUGUAGAAAUUACGAAGUUUACGAUAUAUUGAAAACCAUUCAGAAUGUGCAGGACCGGUUUAAUGAUCGAUACAAUUAUGAUUGGGUUUUUUUAAACGAUGAAAGAUUCGAUGGCCAUUUUAUAACCAGCGUGACCAGUUUUAUCCGUGGCGGCCGAAUUAGUUUUGGCAAAGUGGCCAAGCUGCAUUGGUCAUAUCCCGACUGGGUGGAUCUAGACCAUGCACGGCACAUGCGCGAACAAUUGGCUGCAAAAAACGUACUUUAUGCCGAGUCGGAAUCGUACCGCCACAUGUGUCGAUUUUACCUGGGUUUUUUUUACAGGCAUCCGUUGGUGAUGCAAUACCGGUAUUACUGGCGCGUGGAACCGGAUGUGGAAUUUUUGUGCGACAUUAAUGAGGACCCUUUUUAUGUGAUGCGAACCACAGGAAAAAGGUACGGAUUUGCCAUUUCAAUGUUUGAAUACAGCGAUACCAUUCCUACCCUCUGGAAUCAUUUCUUGAGCUAUAUCAAAGGAAAGGGAAAGCUGCUAGAUUUCGUGCAAAAUCCAGACAAAUCCUACAACCUCUGCCAUUUUUGGUCGAAUUUCGAAAUCGCCGAGGUGUCGCUCUUUGCCAACCCGGAUUACGAUGAACUCUUCCAAUACUUGGACUCUACCGGUGGUUUUUUUUACGAGCGAUGGGGAGACGCGCCCGUGCAUACUCUCGCAGUGCUGUGGUUGCUUGAGCCGCACGAGAUAUAUUGGUUCGAUCUAGGCUACCGCCACCUGCCGUACACCCAAUGUCCGCAAAGCACCACCUUUAGAAACCGCAACCGGUGCGUGUGCGAUCCAGAGUCCGAUUUUACGUUCACUUAUCAAAGUUGCACCGGCCACUUUCUUCAGCUUCUUCGCUGA